UGACGUAAUCUCUUCGGUAAAUCAAGGCGAUCCAUCGAUUUUUCAUUUUCGGUCGGCUUUGCAGACGGGCGGCCACAGGAGGAAAAACAAGAUAGUUCACCGAGUCACCUUGUUCGCAUUUUCUUUUUUUUACAUAUCCAUCCCGGCGGAGGAUACCGCUAUAAUGGGUAGUUUCCACGGAAGCGGACAUUGUAGCAGUUUACGUGUGUGCAGAUUUUGAUAAAAAAAAAGAAAAAGAAGCAGCAACAACAUCCUGACGCCCGCAAGCUAAACGUCAGUCCUGCCACUGUCCGGUGGUGCCGCCUAGGAUAGAGUCGCCAAACGAGGGAUAUAAACGCAAUCUUACUUGGGAGUCCGACCUCAGGAGCAAGCAUGUCUGGGGCGUCUGUAAAAGUCGCCGUGCGAGUCCGACCCUUCAACUCCAGGGAAAUGGGCAAGGAGUCAAAAUGUAUCAUUCAGAUGCAAGGCAACACUACAACUAUCCUGAACCCCAAAGCCCCCAAAGAACCAGCAAAAACGUUCAGCUUCGAUUAUUCCUACUGGUCACACACCACACCAGAGGACCCCUCCUUUGCAUCACAGAACCAAGUGUACAACGACAUCGGGAAGGAGAUGCUGCAGCAUGCUUUUGAGGGCUACAACGUCUGCAUCUUCGCUUACGGCCAGACCGGAGCUGGCAAAUCCUACACUAUGAUGGGCAAACAGGAGGAGGGACAGGAAGGAAUCAUUCCCAUGCUUUGUGAAGAUCUAUUUGAGAAAAUCAAUGACGACGGCAACAAAGAGGAUCUCUCCUACUCAGUAGAGGUGAGUUACAUGGAGAUCUACUGUGAACGGGUGCGAGAUCUGCUCAAUCCUAAGAACAAAGGGAACCUGAGGGUGCGAGAGCAUCCGCUGCUGGGUCCCUACGUGGAGGACCUGUCCAAGCUGGCCGUCACAUCCUACACAGAUAUUGCUGAUUUAAUGGAUGCAGGAAACAAAGCAAGAACUGUUGCUGCUACCAACAUGAAUGAGACCAGCAGCAGGUCCCAUGCAGUUUUCACCAUCGUCUUCACACAGAAGAAACAUGACAGCGAGACGGACCUCACCACGGAAAAGGUCAGUAAAAUUAGUCUGGUCGACUUGGCAGGAAGCGAACGUGCAGAUUCCACUGGAGCUAAAGGUACCAGGCUAAAGGAGGGAGCAAACAUCAACAAAUCUCUCACCACAUUAGGGAAGGUCAUCUCUGCCUUGGCAGAAGUGGAUAACUGUACCAGCAAGAGCAAGAAAAAGAAAAAGACGGACUUCAUCCCUUACAGAGACUCUGUUCUGACCUGGCUGCUGAGGGAGAACCUCGGUGGAAACUCCAGAACAGCCAUGGUAGCUGCCCUCAGCCCUGCAGAUAUCAACUAUGAUGAAACUCUCAGUACACUGCGGUAUGCCGACCGAGCCAAGAACAUCAAAUGCAAUGCUGUUAUCAACGAGGAUCCCAAUAAUAAGUUGGUGCGCGAUCUGAAGGACGAAGUGGCUCGACUGAAGGAACUGCUCCGCGCUCAGGGCCUGGGAGACAUCCUGGACAUUGAUCCAAUGGGGGAUGAUUACCCAGGAAGUGGAAUCAAAUACCUCAAAGACAUUCAGAACAAUAAGAAUAGAUACUUGAUAGCCUCAGAGAACCAACGCCCUGGCCAUUUCUCCACAGCCCCUAUUGGUUCCCUGACAGCCUCUCCGUCCUCUGGCGCACUGUGCAACCAGGGGGGUCUUCAGUCGGUCACCAGCAUCCAGGAGCGCAUCAUGUCCACGCCUGGAGGAGAGGAGGCCAUUGAAAGACUCAAGGAAUCAGAAAAGAUCAUUGCUGAGCUCAAUGAAACCUGGGAGGAGAAACUACGGAAGACAGAAGCCAUCCGAAUGGAGAGGGAGGCUCUGCUUGCCGAGAUGGGCGUGGCGAUCCGUGAAGACGGAGGCACCUUGGGCGUGUUCUCUCCUAAAAAGCUUAGCCAUGAUGGUCCAUUAGAUGAGCAAAUUGAUUGCCUUUCUGCCAAGAAGCAUUUCAGAGAGAAGCCUUGCGAUCUCUAUACAGACUUUAAUGGGGUGUUUUCCCCCAAAAAGACUCCACACUUGGUCAACCUGAAUGAGGACCCCCUAAUGUCUGAGUGUUUGCUCUACUACAUAAAAGAUGGGAUUACAAGGGUGGGUCAGGCCGAUGCCGAGAGGAGGCAGGACAUUGUUUUAAGCGGAGCUCACAUCAGGGAAGAACACUGCAUCUUCCGAAGCGAGAGGAACGCCAACGGAGAUGUUAUCGUCAUGCUGGUGCCGUGUGAGGGAUCUGAAACCUAUGUCAAUGGAAAACGGGUGGAGGACGCAAUCCAGCUUCGUUCCGGCAACCGGAUCAUUAUGGGAAAGAACCACGUGUUCCGAUUUAACCACCCAGAGCAGGCCCGGGCUGAGCGCGAGAAAACGCCCACCGCCGAGACCCCCGUCGAGCCUGUGGAUUGGACGUUUGCUCAGCGAGAGCUUCUAGAGAAACAGGGCAUCGACAUGAAGCAGGAAAUGGAGAAAAGGCUCACCGAGAUGGAAAUCUUGUACAAAAAGGAGAAGGAAGAAGCAGACCAGCUUCUGGAGCAACAGCGACUGGUGUACGAGAGCAAACUGCAGGAGCUCCAGAAGCAGGUGGAGACGCGCUCUCUGGUAGCAGAGACGCCCGACGAGGAAGAGCUGGAGGAGGAAGAGGAGGAGGAAGAGCCUAAAUUACUGGGAUUGCCGUGGACUCAGCAUGAGUUUGAGCUGGCUCAGUGGGCCUUCAGGAAGUGGAGGUACCACCAGUUCACCUCCCUGCGCGACCAGCUGUGGGGGAACGCCGUGUACCUGAAGGAGGCCAACGCCAUCAGUGUGGAGCUCAAGAAAAAAGUCCAGUUCCAGUUUGUCCUGCUGACAGACACGCUGUACUCCCCGCUGCCGCCCGAGCUCCUGCCCCCAGAGCCGGAGAAGGAUCGCGACCCGAGACCUUUCCCUCGCACCGUGGUCGCUGUGGAGGUUCAGGACCUGAAGAACGGAGCUACACACUACUGGUCCCUGGAAAAACUCAAGCAGAGGCUGGAGCAAAUGAGGGAGAUGUACGACCGCGCCGGAGAAAUGGCGUCCACUCAUCAGGACGGUGAUGGAGAGGGGAGUCUGACUGGAAAUGACCCGUUCUACGACCGUUUCCACUGGUUCAAGCUUGUGGGGAGCAGCUCGCCCAUCUUUACCGGCUGCGUCAACGAGCACCUGGCCGACCGCACGCCCUCGCCCACCUUCUCCACCUCCGACUCCGAGAUUACCGAGCUGGCGGACGAGCGCCAGAGCGAGAUGUCCGACUUCAUAGACGACGAGGCGUUCGUGGACGACACCAGCUCGGACGCCGGCACCGAGGAGGGCUCGGACAUCUUCAGCGACGGCCAGGACCCCUUCUACGACCGCUCCCCCUGGUUCAUCCUGGUGGGAAGAGCGUUUGUGUACCUGAGCAACCUGCUGUACCCCGUGCCGCUCGUUCACCGGGUUGCCAUAGUUACAGAGAAGGGCGAGGUGCGAGGCUUCCUGCGCGUGGGGGUCCAGGCCAUAGCUGCUGACGAGGAGGCUCCAGAUUACGGGUCAGGGGUAAGACAGUCGGGGACUGCCAAGAUUUCCUUUGAUGAUGAGUACUUCAAAAAGAACGACUUUCCCUCCACGGUUAUGACUCGCUCCGGCUUGUCCCUGGAGGAGCUGCGCAUUGUGGAGGGUCAGGGUCAGAGCUCAGAGGUCAUCACACCCUCCGAGGAGCUCAACAGAAUCAACGACAUGGACCUUAAGCUGGGUAACAUCCCAGACACCAAGCUGGGUCACAGUGAGGGGCUGGCAGGCCAGCUGGAGGUGGGAAGCAUCUUCACCUUCCGUGUCACCGUCCUCCAGGCCAGCGGCAUCCCACCGGAGUAUGCUGACAUCUUCUGCCAGUUCAAUUUCCUUCACCGCCACGAUGAGGCUUUCUCCACCGAGCCGCUGAAGAACGCCGGCAAAGGAGCUCCUCUGGGCUUUUACCACGUCCAGAAUGUUUCGGUGGAGGUCACAGAGUCUUUUAUUGAGUACAUUAAGAGCAAGCCCAUCGUCUUUGAGGUAUUUGGCCACUAUCAGCAGCACCCGCUGCACAUCCACGGCCAGGACCUGAUCAGGCCUCCAACGCCGUCAAGGAAAUACUACCCUAUCCCCAUGCCUCUGUCUAAACCAGACCACACCCGUAAGAUUGAGUUGAUCCACUACCUCGUGAGCGGCUAUGUUAACAGCAGGGUGCUGGACACGCUGUCCGAGCACGCCAACGCCCUCGCCUCCUCCGCUGUGGCCAGCCUGGAGGACGAGGCUGACAAGCUCUCACACUUCCCGUUCCUUUCAGCGCUCCACGACCCCGUGUUCACUGUACCUAAGCACCACGUUCCAGCCACCAAGCUGAACACCAUCACCAAGUCAAACCUGGGUCAGUGUGUCAGCAAGUACGACCUGCUCGUCUGGUUCGAGAUAAGCGAGCUGGAGCCCACUGGAGAGUACAUCCCAGCUAUAGUGGAUCACAGUGCCGGCUUGCCCUGUCACGGCACCUACCUUCUGCACCAGGGAAUCCAGCGGAGGAUCACGGUGACCCUGAUACACGAGAAGGGCAGCGAGCUCCACUGGAAGGACGUUCGAGAGCUGGUUGUGGGUCGUAUCAGGAGCAAGGCGGAGGUGGACGACGGUGCGGCUGAUGCUGUCCUGUCCCUGAACAUCAUUUCUGCCAAGAACAUCAAGUCCUCCCACAACACCAACAGGCUUUCUAUUGAUAAGGAUAUUGAUAGAACCUUCUAUCGUUUCGAAGCCGUGUGGGACAGCUCCCUGCACAACUCCCUCCUGCUAAACCGAGUCACCCCUUACGGAGAGAAGAUCUACAUGACCCUGUCUGCAUAUCUAGAGCUGGACCACUGCAUCCAGCCCGCCAUCAUCACUAAAGACAUCUGCAUGGUGUUCUACUCCCGCGACGCUAAGAUCUCCCCUCCCCGUUCUCUCAGGAACCUCUUUGGGAGCGGCUACUCCAAAACCCCCGACUGCAAUCGUGUCACCGGCAUCUAUGAGCUGAGCCUGUGCAAGAUGUCUGACACCGGAAGCCCGGGGAUGCAGCGGAGGAGGAGGAAGGUUCUGGACACCUCGGUGGCUUACGUGCGAGGAGAAGAGAACCUGGCCGGGUGGAGGCCCAGAGGCGACAGCUUGAUCCUGGAGCACCAGUGGGAGUUGGAGAAACUCGAGCAGCUGCAUGAGGUGGAGAAGACCCGCCACCUCCUCCUGCUGAGGGAGAAGCUGGGAGAGGCGCCUCCGGUGGGGCCGACUCCCACCACCAAGUCCAUCAGCGAGUCCCUGCUGUCCCCCAGCAUGAGCUCGGGCACUCUGUCCACCUCCACCUCCAUCUCCUCGCAGAUCUCCAGCGCCACUUGCGAAAGCGCCAUCACGCCCAGCGAGAGCAGCGGCUACGACUCGGCGGACAUCGAGAGCCUGGUGGAUCGGGAGAAGGAGCUCGCCUCCAAGUGUCUCCGCCUGCUGACGCACACCUUCAACAGCGAAUACAGCCAGGUGGUGAACAGCAUCAGCGACUGUAAGCUGUCGGACAUCUCACCCAUGGGACGAGACCCAUCGGUGACCAGCUUAAGCAGCGCCACCCUCACCCCGUCCUCCACCUGCCCCUCGCUGGCCGACUCCCGCUGCAGCUCCUUAGACCAAAAGACCCCAGAGAACAACUCCCGUGCCCCCAGUCCCUCCUGCUCCGACUAUGAGAACUUCCCAAUGGUUCCCACUCUGGAGAUGUCCUACCUUGCUCGCGCUGGAAAGAACGAGUUCCUAAACUUGGUGCCUGAUAUUGAAGAGAUGAGGCCGGGGUCUGUGGUGUCUAAGAAAGGUUUCCUCAGCUUCAUGGAGCCGCGCUCCAACACGUGGGUGAAGCACUUUGUGGUCGUUCGCCGCCCAUACGUUUUCAUCUACAACAGCGACAAGGACCCGGUGGAGCGAGGCGUCCUCAACCUGUCCACAGCCCAGGUGGAGUACAGCGAAGACCAGCAGGCCAUGCUCAAGACUCCCAACACAUUUGCCGUGUGCACAAAGCAUCGAGGGAUCCUCCUGCAGGCCAACAACGAGAAAGAUCUGAACGACUGGCUGUACGCCUUUAAUCCUCUGCUAGCAGGGACGAUAAGAUCGAAGCUGGCGAGGAGGCGCAGCGGCCUGAUGAAGAACUGAGCGGAGCGGCCCGCAGGGACCCCCACGGCUUCCUCUGAGCAGCCUUUGAACAUACAAAGUGUUAACAUUAAUUAAUCAUAGUGAGUCUUAAAGGUUUCCUCUUGUAAGUAGACAUGUGGCUUAAGUCUCUACUUUUCAUGCGACUAAAAGUUUCAGCUUCAUUGAACUUUGCCUCCCCCCCUUCCCUCCAGCAACCCAAGCUCUUCUCCUCCUCCUCCUCCUCCUCUCCUCCCCCUUCAGCUUUUUUGGGUUUAGAUUUUUAUGACGGGUCUGAUUUCUUUCCGCUUUGUCGUCAUUCCUGAACUUCCUGACUUGUAGCAUGUUGUAGUAGUCUACUUGUGUGUGCACGGCUCUCCAAAAACAAAUCUUCAGUUUGCCAAUCAUCUGUAAAAAAAGAAAAAAAAAAGGAAAAGGGGAAACAAAAAAUCUCUUAUCAGUGUUAUUUGUCUCCUAAAAUAAGUUCAGUUAAACUUUUUUGUUUUUUGGUUUAUGACGAUGUGCUCGGAUAAUAAGUGCAGCAGCAGUCCCCAGGAGAACACCAAGUUUUCUCGCCGAAAACAAGUGAAAUCAGAUUUAAUAUAUAAAGCGGAAAUCGACAAACGCAUAUAUAUAUAUAUCCAAGAGAUCUGAUAGUGAAUGCUCUGCAACAUGAACUAUUGCUUUUCUUUUUUGGACUUGAAGAGAAUUGCAUCAGGUCGCCGCCUCAUCGAAACACAUCAAUCUAAAUAUGUCAAGCUAAAUCCAGCUGAGCUCAGCACAGAUUCAUCCGUGUGACGUUUGGUUCCCACCCCUCAGCCUCUGUACAUACACCAACUCCCAGAUAGUGUCAGUCUGUGCAAUUGUGCAAACAUAAAAAAACAACAACAAAACAACAAAAAAAACUACCAUCUGGAUGAAAACAAGCAAAAAUGUACAAUUUCUGUACAGAUACUUCUUCCAGAAAUAGAUAUUUUGCCGUUUGGUAUUCCACCAUAAGAAAAGACAAACAGUUUUGAGGAUGCGAGGGAAAUAAACUGGAGAGGAAGAUGCUCCACAGAGAGAGAGGGUCAUUGCUUCUUUAAAUCGCACAGGGAUCGCUGUAAUAUUCAGAUCCCGUUUUAGGCCGUUCCCGCUGCUUCUACAGCUAACAUAAACUCAAACCUUGUUACCCGACUGUCACGUAUAAGUGAAACUGAAGACGUACCGCGAUGAGAACUAAAGAAGUCGCUGGGUUGCAAGAGCGGAGUGGCGAUGGAGCCGCUCAGACACAGCCUGAGGGUGGAUGGUGAAACGUCCGCUCGGUUGGGUAAAACCUCUAAAAUGAAGUUCUUUUUUUCCAUUUCAGCACCAACAAACACCACCACUUCUACAUUUUCUGUUCAGGUUCCUGAAAUGAAACUUCUCCAACCCCAUCCUAACUCUCUUGUUCUGUUUUUUUUUUUUCUCGGUCUCUUGCUUUUCAUUUCCAAAUCUUUAUUUUUUUUGAAAUGUAAAAAAAAGGGCAUUUCUUUUUCUUUUUUUGUUUUUAACCAGCAUUUAUUGGUGUUGCGCCUUUUUAUUUGCACAUUAACUCACAUCUAUAGCAAGGCAAGAUGACGCAGGAUUAUGUCCGAGCUUCAGGAAAAAAAGGACGAGGACACAUAUCAAAGCUACACUGGAUGAAAAGAUGAAUGGGAGGAGGGUUUUGGUCGGUGAAAAUGUUUGCUCUGCCGUCGGCGCUGACGCGGCGCCUCUGUCUCUGCGCUUGUCGGCUGCACAGAACGGCGCCGUUAGACUCUGGCCUACCAACCAGCAGUUCGCCCACUGUCUCGCCUGACAUGAGAGCAGAAACAGACGCUCGUUUGACGUUUAGCGUGAACAUUUGCUUCAACCCAGAGGUCAGGAAACCUGCUGGGCGGAAGAACCCGCAGUAGAAUAGGAACCGUGCAUCUAUGCAUUUAAUAGGGGACUAAAAGUGCUGCAUAUACGAGAGCGUCAGCGCAAACAUUUUCACCCCGGUGGCUGGUUUGCAGAAGUAUAUUGUUAUUGUUUAUGUAUUUAUCGUUUGGAAAUGUACAUAUUAGUUUGCAGCUCUUUGCACAUAUUAAUAAAAAAAAAAGGUUCAACUAACUGAUCAAAUGAAGUCUGUGCGGUUUAGUUGUUCUUGCUCAUGAUUAACCAAAUGAAGGUUUGGCAGCCUGAACCGAGAGAGAGAGAGAGUUGAAUGUACGGUUUAAAGAUGUUUUGGUUUGGCUGCUGCUUUUUCGCCGUUUAAUUAAAGGGACCUAAGAUGCAACCCGCUGCACCUUUUUCACAAGGAGGCGAAGUUACAUUGGCGCUUCCUCUUUAUCGCAAAGCGGCUUAUCAGUCUGCUUUGGUUUCACAGAAAUAUUUACUAACUACCCACGGUGGCCAGGUGUCUAAUAAAAAAAGUUGAUUUUUAUGAGUUUAUUUAAUCUAAUAUCAGGGAAUAUAACACAUCGUAGCUCUAGAGUUAAAUUAUAAUAGAACACUUUAAUGUGACUUUUCUUUUUUCCGUUGAUGCCUUUCAAACAAAACUAGUCCUGAUAUUUUCCAUCAGCCCUCCCCCCCCACCCACCCAUCCCCCUCUGACAGCAUCUUUGGGAUUCGUGCAUUAAAAAGAAUAAGUAGGACAAAACAUUUUACCACUGUACAUUAUUUGUCAGGCUGGUUUCAUUUUCAUACUUAUUUUGUAAAUAUCUAUGUUGUAUGGAGCUUGAACUAAACUGUAAAUAUGUUUACUGUAUUUGUAAUAAUUAUAAUCCAUCCGCUGUAUAGCAUAGAUGUGUCAUGCAGGUAUCCUAACUCUGUGUAUGGUAAUCUUGCACCACUGAACUGUUUAGUGAAUGAGGCAACAAUAUAAAAAUAAAAAAAAAAUGUGCAAACUGCA